UAGCUUUACAUGGUUUCCGUCGUUCUUGCUUUGCGGUAAAUGUGUGAAACGAGAAACUUAAUUUAAAGUGUUUAAGCAAUGCUUGAUGUGGAUAAAUGGAUAGAAAUCGCGAAGGAAUGCAAGUACUUACCGGAAAAUGAUUUGAAGAAACUAUGCAGCAUGGUAUGUCGGCUCCUCCUGGAGGAGUGCAACAUCCAGCCCGUGUCCACACCAGUCACCGUCUGCGGGGACAUCCACGGCCAGUUCUACGACCUCGAGGAGCUCUUUCGGACUGGUGGCCAGGUUCCAGAGACGAACUACAUUUUUCUGGGGGACUUUGUUGACCGGGGCUACUAUAGCUUGGAAACCUUUACUCGUCUUCUAACCCUGAAGGCCAAGUGGCCAGACAGGAUCACUCUCUUGCGUGGCAACCACGAAAGUAGGCAGAUCACCCAAGUGUACGGCUUUUACGAUGAGUGCCAGACAAAGUAUGGCAAUGCAAAUGCCUGGAAGUACUGCUGCAAAGUGUUUGACCUGCUCACAGUGGCAGCGAUCAUCGAUGAACAAGUGCUCUGUGUACACGGCGGGCUGUCUCCCCAGAUCAAGACCCUAGACCAAGUGCGAACAAUUGAGAGGAAUCAGGAGAUACCUCACAAGGGUGCCUUCUGUGAUCUCGUGUGGUCCGAUCCAGAAGACGUCGAGACCUGGUCCGUGAGUCCGCGGGGGGCGGGCUGGCUGUUUGGGGCCAAGGUGACCCACGAGUUCAUGCAUCUCAACAACCUGAAGCUUAUAUGCAGAGCACACCAGCUAGUGCACGAAGGCUACAAGUACAUGUUCGACGACAAGCUCGUCACGGUUUGGUCGGCGCCCAACUACUGCUACCGGUGCGGUAACAUUGCGGCCGUCCUGGCUUUUACGGACGUUAACACACGAACCGCGAAGCUGUUCCAUGCAGUGCCGGACACCGAAAGAGUGAUACCGCCCCGGAACACCACGCCAUACUUUUUGUAGCGGUCGGAACGGACUGCUACCAAGUUAUUGCCGGCAUUGAACAUGAUUAAUUUUUUUUUCCCUGCUUCCGUGUUCUGGCGAUUCGGUCAAUGUUUUUUUGUUUUUUUUUUCUCCCGAGAGUUGUAUGUUUUAUAAGUGGGGAAGGGGAAAGGAGAUUCUGCAUUUGUUAGAAAGGGAGAAUGCCACGUUCGACCACUCCUCCACAUGGAGAAGCGCUCUGCCAUACGGCAUUCUAAAUUUUGCUGCCAUGGUUCAGUAUUGUUUCGCGUGCGAGUUUUUAAGGUAUUUUUUUCGGGAACUUUCUCCCGUGGAUUUAAAUGUAACGUUAUUGAGAGCAUGAAAGGUAGUAAACAAGGUGGCAAUUAACUUUUUUUUAUUUAUUUUUUUUUGCUUGGGUAGGAAUGUAGUGGUAAAUACUGCGACGAGAUUUAGCAUUGAUAAUUGGCAAAAAUUUCCUUCGGGGAGGUGGGGGUGGGGGGGGAGGGGAGGGUUUAGCCAGGAUAUGCAAAGUGACUACUGUUGGAUUCUGUCUGAGCACGUAAAAACAUAUCUCCGUGAAAAUUGUGUCGGGAAAGUGCUGCUAUAAAAAUGUUUCUCGGUACGCCUCAUUUCAGCCCUGUUCUGCUGUACAUUUUAUUGGUGCGCACAUGUAAUAUAUUUGCAGUCUCCCGUUCCUGAAAAAUAAAAACGGCGCAAUUCCUUUUUGUA